AUUUUCAAUUUAUCAAAGCUAGUAUCUCAUGUUGGCGAAAGGUUUUGUUUUAUUCGUGGCACUGUUCCAAUUGGCUUCGGCAGCCUAUUGGUAUACGGCUGGCGAUGGGAAUCAUUAUUUAAUCGAAGGAGCCACAAAUUACAAUUGGCUGCAGGCCUUUGAUCAAUGCGCCCGCCAGGGUUUGCAACUUGCAGUCGUUGAUAAUGCAUCAAAAAAUUCGGCUUUGACUGCACUUUUGCGUUUGGUAUUUGGUAGUUCACCUGAUUUAUGGAUCGGCCAUCAUGAUGAAUUCAAUACAAAGGUUGACAAAAAUCGCUUAUGGUUCUCCCCCUUUAGUGGUCUACCGAUUUCCUUUAGUAACUGGGCCUCUAUUCAGCCCGAUAACAACAAUCAAAACGAACACUGUGUGCAAAUAUCUCGCGUUAUGAACUACCAAUGGAAUGAUGCAUUUUGUGAACAUAAGUUUGGCUUCAUUUGUGAACAUUCUCCUCGUUCCCAGAUUUCUGUAGCUCGUGAAAGUACUCAAGAAAAUGUCAAUGAAUUCAUUGAGUACGCCGGCAGUGAGGUAGAUAAGGGGCAAGAUCCUCCAAAAGUAUUAACGGAAAUUUUAAAAAUCCCCCCUAUGAAUUAAUCAGUAAACAAAUGCAUAAGAAAAUGUGUCCUCAAAACAGAAGUUGCAAUAAAGUGCAACUUUCUAUUCCCAUCACCAUACAG